AUGCUCCCUCCGCCCCCGCGCCAGCCGCCGCCCCCGGCGCGCACGGCCCGCGGCGGCUCGGUGCGCUUGCAGCGGGCCUUCCUGCGCGGCCCGCUGGGCGUGCUGCGGCUGCUGCAGCUGCUGGCCGGGGCCGCCUUCUGGAUCACCAUCGCCACCAGCAAGUACCAGGGCGCCGUGCACUUCGCGCUCUUCGUGUCGGUGCUCUUCUGGCUGCUGACGCUGAGCAUCUACUUCGUCACGCUGCUGGGCCAGCAGGAGCUGGUGCCCGUGCUGGGCUCGCGCUGGCUCGUGGUCAACGUGGCACACGACCUGCUGGCGGCCGCGCUCUACGGGGCGGCGACGGGCAUCAUGAUCGACCAGACGCAGCGACACAGCUACUGCAACCUCAAGAGUUACCCGCUGCCCUGCGCCUACCACGCCUUCCUGGCGGCCGCCGUCUGCGGGGGCCUCUGCCUCGGCCUCUACCUGCUCUCGGCGCUCUACGGCUGCUGCCGCCGCUACCAGGGCAAGCAGGAGGUGGUGUGAGGUCGCCCGCCCCCCGCCGCGGCCCCGGCCUCUGCCCGCGCGGGGCAACCUUCCGAGCCCUUCCUGCCGCCGCCCCGCGCCCUCGCAUCCCCGGCGCCCACUGCUUGCGUCUCCACCGCGCGUGCCCGGGACCCCCGACGACCGCCGACCGCAGCCUCCGGGGACCGGCGCAGCGACCCGAGGGGCUGCCCCAAGCGAAACCUCGCCUUCCCUUUUCCCCCUUCCCCUGCAGACCGCGAGACGUGGACAGGCGCCGCGUAGAUCCGGGGGAGGCUCCCAAACUGGAAUCGGUCUUAGGGUUGCGCCACUGUCCCCUCCCUCCCGCCCUGAAAUUGGAAGAGCAUUCCUCCACCCCGGGGCCCAUCUUCCAGGGGCCCCCUAUGCUGUAAAAGGCAGGCUGGCAGGCAGCGGCGAGAGGAGCUAGGGACAGGCCCUGGCUGGUCCUGAGACAACUGACGAGUUUGGUCAUCGUUUGGGAUUGUUUGGGCUUUAUGCCCGGCCCCUUCGAGCACAGCAAGUUUAUGAGGGGAGGGUCUGCAGCCGUACGGUAUUGGAGAGUGCUCUACUUUGCACCUUUGAGUCUUCUUUCGGCCUUUAGUUUCUGGGUUCACGUAGGCCAGCCUCAACAUCCUAACUUCCCUGGCCUGCCAGUGACACGAGUCUCUUCCCAGACCUCACUCAUUAGCUAGCUUCUGCUCCACUCCAUCCCGCAAUAUCCGUUUGCAUUACAGACUUUCACCUAACCAAGCGAGGUGGUUAGGGUGAGGCCCACUCCUUCUCUGGGCACAUGAGGACCCGGAUCCUGCUCCUGGGGACAGCCGCAGAUUAGAACUGAUGUUCUUUAUCACAAAACGAUGGGUGGUCCAGGAAGUCUGGCUCAGGAGCUACCUCCAAAGGGUUCUGUAGCCAAAUGGGUCAGAUAGUGGUGCAGACCCACGGUGCUUGUUAGCAUAGAAAGGACUCAGAAAUGUUCUCCCGCACGGGGAGCCCAAGCACAGUGAUUUAGUUUACUGCAUUGAUUACUCCUGGGCUUGGGCCAUUUCCCCCUUAAGAUGCCAAGAAGUCUUGAGCUGUCUGGAAUCUCUCUCAUUCCUACAAUCUGACCCACUAAAGAUUUGGGAAGCUUCUUCUUUAUUAGGGAAUUUCUCGAAGUGGGCAUCUACCCCAGUGACAAAGGUGCUAGCUGCCCCUCACCUUCCAGAGGCCUGGGAAAUGGUGAACUAAAAAGGUCCUUAACAUUGUUGGAGGAAUGAAGCUUGGGUGAGCCAGGUCAAAAAGACACUCACCUGUAAGGAAGAGAUCCUGGCAUUGACUCCUGGCCGCUGGUAGGAUAGAUAACCCUGCCCACCAACCAGAAGAGAAAUCUCUGGACCCAGGGUGGACAGCUGGCCCUGUAUCUAAGGUUUCUGUGUCAUUGAAGCCAUGGAGGCUGCCCGAGGGCAUGAAGCCACCCUCUCCCAAUAUCUGCUGCCUGGCUGGCAGUACCGUUCAGUCUGGGGCCGGCAGAAGGUUUCAGUCUUCACUGUGGUGGGAAGAAGAGAUGCCCUCUGCCCAGCAGCCUCCUCUGCCCACCACCCGGUAUGGUAGUGGUGAUGGAGAAGUCUGAUUUUACCUUGAGAGAACUCCUGAUUCUCCUGCACUGUCAUUUUAGACACAAGAUUCUGGACACCUGAAAUUCAACUCUGGCCCGCUAUGUUUCUUAAAAUGAUGGGUUGAAGUUCUGGCUUUAGUCCUCUCACUUCUGCCUUUUUUUUAGAUCACCAUCUAAGCUGUGUCCCCAGGGACCUAGUUCUCUGGGUCUGUGGCCAGGUGACCUUACCCAGGAGCACACAGACUCACCGUUCUUGUGCCUUGUCCUCGUGAUGUGCCUGUAGCUUUCCAGAGCUCGCUGGCAUUUCCUGAUGUGCCUUCCCAUUUGGUUUCCAGCAGCUUGGUGGUCCCUCAGCCUGCCACAUGGGAGGAGGAGGGAUAAGAGUGCAGUGACCCCACUUUUCUUCAAGUGCCACAGUAUGGCCACCUGAUGUGGCCCAAGCUUUUGAAUACUGGAGGCAGUCUUCUUGUCCUCCUUCUCUGACACUAGGAUUGGGGCCAGUUGGCAGCUCCCAGCUCAGAAGUCUGGGGCCACUUGUGGGCCCAGGAAGCAAAUUCUACAGUGUGUACAAAGGCCAAGAGGUAGGGGUUUGGCUGCCGGGAGGGUGGUAAGGGAGAGGGGCCCUGUGUGCCUUAUCCAUUAAUGUAGCCAUGGCUAUCAGGAUGCUUUUUGGAAUAAAGUUGUCUAAUACUG